ACCGAAGAACGAAAAGGGCUUCUUCCGGCUUUCGAAUUUGGCGUCGGAAAACCCCGGCGUAAAUCCGGAGGCUAUCUUCUUGCCUUUGCCCAGAUUUGUGUUUCCAUUCGUCGCGCUUCAGCUCCCGAUUCCCUUUUCGGGUUUAGACUCUUGCUUUCUGUGGCCAAAUUUCGGGGUUUAUCUUUCUCCACCUUGCCUCUUUGAUCCGCGGUGUGGAGGUUGGGAUCGGUCUGUUUUGGUUCUCCGAAGAGGGUAAGGAAUUAGAUUAUGGAAUCUGAUGGCGGAGGCGAAGCAAUCCGGCCUUCCACGGCAGCGGAGGAGGCGUUGAAGAGGAAUACCGACUGCGUCUACUUCUUAGCUUCGCCAUUGACCUGCAAGAAGGGGAGUGAAUGUGAUUAUCGGCACAAUGAGGGUGCCAGAGUGAACCCCAGGGAUUGUUGGUAUUGGCUAAAUGGGAACUGCCUCAAUCCAAAAUGUUCUUUCCGCCAUCUGCCAGUUGAUUCCAUCUUCGGAACACCGAUGCCCAACUCAACACAAUCUCCAACACCAAGUCAAACUGCAGUAUCAGCAUCAACCCAAGCUGCUCGGGCUCUGAAUAACACCAAUAAGCAAAGUGUUCCUUGCUACUAUUUCCAGUGGGGUCAGUGUUUAAAAGGUGAAAGGUGUCCAUUUAUGCAUGGACCACAGGCUUCAGUCGACUUGGUUUCACAGAAUGCGGCGAAGGUUUCAACAUUUUCUGCUGAACCACAACAAAGAAAUGAGAAAGAUGCACAGAAGAAAAUCACUAAACAGCAAAAUGUAAGUGAAGCUAAUCUUGAUAAUCCAAAGGUGGUUAGCAACAAACAUGUUGGCAUAUCAUCUGCAACACCGAAAUUUGUUACAAAAGUUGAAAAUGUUUCCAAGUAUGAACUGCCUGGAAAUAAAAUUUUGCCCCCAUCAUUAGGCAAUGAGCCUCGUGCACUGCCACAGAAUGGUGUAGUUGUUAACAAUAGCUACUUGCAAAGCCAACCAUGGGAUCGGCAGGUGCAACCUACUGAUGAUGAACCAGAUAAUGAUAGGGAUGCUGAUGAGAUAUUGCGGGAACAUUCUCCUGGUUUUGAUGUGCUUGUAGAUGAUGAUGUUGAAGACCCUGAUUACUAUCACAGUGAAGAUAAUUUCAGAAGAUUGUCUGCUCGUGGUGGUCAAAAUAUGGAAGCUGAAGAUGAAUACGAUUAUCAUCACAGUGAUUAUGAAACAAUGGGAAAGUUUGAAAUUGAUCAACGCAACGACAUUGGCCAAUAUGAAAAAGACUAUGAGCAACCACAUAGCUGGUAUGGCUUGGAAUCAAAGACUUCUCGCAGACUUUUGGAAAGAUCACCAUCCCUUGAAAAAAGAGUACUUGAUAGAGAGAGAAAACAUAAUGCAAUGGAUGGGUCAGAUUUGCGCAAUCAAUUAAUGAAACGGAGAAGGUUCAAUGAUUCAAGGUCUACCAGUAAUCAUGAUGGUCAUAGCGAGCACAACCGAAAAAAUGAACAUUAUGCUAAGGAGAGACAUUAUGGUCGUCCUGCCCGAAAUAAUGAGAAAUUUUCUUCUGAGAAGUCCAUCAGUAGUCGUCUGCAAGGUCGCAUUGCAUUUCCUGGGAGAUCUUCUGAUCUAGCGAGCAAUUUGCUCUUAGAGAAGGGAAGAAGACCUCAGAGCAGACUGUCACCAGUAAGGCGAACAGGCUACCAGACCAGGAAUCCGGAAAGAGCAUGGUCUCAACCAAGUGAGGAAUUGAACAAAGAUGAGAGGAUCCAUAGAAACAAAAUAACUCCUAGAGAUGGCACAAACUCUUUAGAUUUUGCUAGCCCCAAGUCUCUUUCAGAGCUUAGAGGUACAAAGAUUAAGAAUAUUCAUGAUAUCAAUGCGACUAGUUUUAAUCUUACAGUGAACAAAGUCGAGUCCAUAAAGGUAGAGGGGGUUCGUGAAUCACAAAAUCCUCUAUCAUUCGAGGGUCCAAUGCCACUGAGUGCCAUCUUGCAGAGGAAGCGGAAGUUAGCGAAUGUGGAAGAUAAAUUUUCUACUGGUCGCCAUGAAAACAAUCAAAGUGGUGGAGACUCUGCUAUCACUGAAUCAGUUCCUCGACUGGAAGCCAAAAAGGAAUGCAAUUUCACAAUAAGUAGCCAUGAAGCAGGAGUGAUCCCUUCAGAAGAUGAACUAGCUUACAAUGAUGUCAUAGAAGCUGAAGAUGGCAUAUUUCUGGAGAAUGAAGAAGAGGAGCUGGAAGAUUGUGACAAGCAAGAUGGUGAUUUCCAUUAUGAAUCAGGAGAGUACAAAGUGGACGACGAAAACACAAUCCACUCUGACGAAGAUGAUCAAGAUGAUGAUGAUGAUGAUUUUGCUAGAAAGAUCAGCGUCAUGCUAUCUUGAACGCAGAUGGAGAAUGUUUUGCUUAGCUUAUUGUGUUCAAAGAAGCCUCCGACAAUCUUCGCACCUGCCAUACCCAUCAAGCUUUAGAAAUAAACAAUGCAGAAUCUUUUCUUUUCUAUCCUUUUUUUCAGUCUUAGCACUGAAAGAAGGCUGCAGAUGGAAAAGCUGAUGUGUGGUUUGGCUUUGCCAAGAUUGAAGUCAUGUUUGUAUCACUUAUCUGGCCCUUAAUAACAUUAUUUUCUUAGCUCCCCGAAUGGGUUUAUUUAACCACUUUA